UUUGUAGUCGGUUCCUGAUGAAUAAUUUGUUGCCCCAUCAAAUUUAUUUAUUAUCCGUGUAAAGUGCGUUUUUACGAAACAAAUUGCUUUCCUGAGACUUGAUCAACAUGCCCUUCAAGCGGUCCGCCAUGCGUUAUGGCCACAUCGUUGGCUACACGAGCGUGGCCUAUCAGGACGACGGAGAACGAAUCCUCAGCAUCGGUCACGACGGUGAUAUCCGAAUCUGGGACGGAGUGUUUGAUGACGAUCCGAUUACCACCUGCGUGGCGGAGAACGUGUGGGCUUUGCUGCAGUACGGUGACCGGGUGCUGAUUGCCAACGAUCUGAACACGGUGCAGGCGUACAAGUUUCCCGAGCUAGAAAAGGAUGGGAUCGAGUUUCGGUUUACGGCUUUUGUGACCAGUUUAGCACAGAACGGGAAGUUUGUGGUUGCUGGUUCCGAGGAUGGGACGAUCAAGGUUAAACCAGUGAGUGAUGGGGAAGUGGAAUUUGAGCUAGGAGGAUUGGAAGGUCCUGUACUGAGUAUGGAUUUGAGUGUCAAAGAUAUGCUAGCGGCCAGUUGCGGGGAUGGACAGCUUAGAGUUUGGGAUUUGAAUAGCAAGAAGUUGCUGAAGACGGUCAACGGACUGCGGAAGGUAAAGAGUUUCGAAGGAAACGUGCACCUUGCUACUCCAAGUUUCGAACCGGUUCGUGGAAACGCAUUAGCAUUCCCGAAGGAUCGUGAAAUUAUUGUGUUCAACACGACUACAUGGGAACAGCACAAAAUACUGAAGCAUAAGAUGGUAUCAUCCGAUUAUACACAGUGUGCCUUCUCACCGCGGGGAGAAUAUUUCGCCGCUGGAUCGGAAAAAGGAGAAGUGGCUGUGUGGGAUUACAAGUCCGGAGAGACAAUGGCUGGUGAAGUGGCUUCAAUAGAUCCCUAUCCGGUAACGGGAUUAGCAUGGCAUCCGAAUAAUACCGGGGAGUUGGUCAUUUGCGACAACCAAGGGCAGCUUGGUAAUGUGAAUGGAAUUUUCGAGGACCAUGCUGAAAACGCGGGAGACGAUGGUAACGAUCUGAUAGAGAUGGCCGAAAAGGAAGCGAAUGGGAUUGCAGAUGAUGAUGAUGGUGAUAUGGAUAUUAACGAUCUCUAUUCAAAACAUGUUGCUGGCGAGAAAUUACUGUCGGACGAUUCGGAUGACGAAAACUGUUUCUCCGUGAGCAAACUUAAGAGUCAGUAUGCGGUUAAUGAAGAUGGUCAAACGGCAGGGGACAAUUUGCUAAGUGAUAAACCGAUUGGUAGCGGUUCUCAUCGCGGGAACGACGAUGACGACGAUGCCCGGACGGAGAUGAGCGAAAAGUUCGCUGCCAAAUCGUACCCCAUGCAAGAAUACUUCCAACCCGGAUCAACACCCGAUCAUUUGGAACAUCGCUAUUUGGUGUACAACCACGUGGGAAUCGUCCGUAGCCAUUCGGAUGGAAAGGACAACGCGAUAGAGGUAGAAUUUCACGAUUCCUCGAAGCAUCACGGAAUCCAUAUGAACAACUACUUGAAUCAUACGAUGGCCGGUUUGAGUGAGUCCGUAUUGGCCAUGGCUUGCACCUCCGGAGUGGAAAGCAAGGGUAGCAAAUUGGUCUGCAUCAAUCUGGUUGCUUUCGGUAAUCGUGAGUGGAGCUGUACCAUGCCCGGAACGGAGGAGAUAAUAGGAGUGGCGGCUUCGGAUAAAAUCGUUGUUGUUGCUACUGAUGCCCGUUUGCUUCGUGUGUUCACCUCCAGGGGUACCCAGCGUGAGGUCCUUUCCAUCCCAGGUCCUCCCGUCUCGAUGGCAGCCUAUGGUGACCACAUCCUCGUCGCUUAUCACCAUUCCCCAUCCAACGAGGACCAACAUCUGAAUAUGAUGGUAGUCACUUGCGUCAACUACCGACUUCGGUGUCGGGAAAUUCCUAUCCCACUGUCAGCAGAAUCGGUACUCCGUUGGAUCGGUUAUUCUGAUAAAGGCUCGCCCGUCACAUACGACUCUGCCGGAAUUAUGCGUCUGUACCAUGCCGGUUCCAACCUAUGGUUCCCCAUAAUUGACGACGAGCAGUACAAAGCCGGAGCCUCAGACAGUCUAUUCAUUGUCAAGGUGUCCGAAUCGAUUCAGCAGGCGCAGCUGAUCGUUUGCCGUGGGGCCAAGUUCCCCCUGACGAAUCCGCGACCCAUUCCGAUGAAUGCCAACUUCCAGAUUCCGAUGUGUGAGGUGGACGUAGAGAAGGGUGCCCUGGAGGACGAACUGAUGCGGAGUAUCUACUUCAAGAGUGACGAUGCGGACAAGCUGCUCAAGGAAACAGCCGUGAAGUUGUUUGCGUUGGCCUGUCGUUCAGAGAUGGAGCAACGGGCGAGGGAACUCGUGGAAACCAUUGCCUCCAGUCAGCUUAUUCCGAUCGUCAUGAAGUACGCUAGCAAGAUCAAGCGGUUCCACCUGGCGGAAAGUUUGUCUCCGUUGAUGCCGACCUUCCAAGAGCAGGAAAAAGAGGAAGAACGACACGAGAUGGACAUGGCCCGGGAAAACGCCGCAAUGGUCAGUGAGCUAGUGCACAUCAAUCUGGAAGCGGUAACCAAGAAAGAUAACACACCGAAAAUUAAACCCAUACCAGUUGCACGUAAAAACAAUCCGUUCAGAAAGAGUGACAGUGCAUCGAAAGCUAGUCCUGUAUCGUCCAAUCUCCUCGGGCACCUUACAGGCAAGGCGAUUGGUUUCAAUUCUCCAAGGUCUUCAAACGUGGCCAUCGAAUCGGACAAUCUUCUGACUGGAAUUUCCGAGAUGGCUCAUGAUGGCAUCGUGACUGGCAACUCGGAGAACAAUGAAAAUCAGCCGAAAAAUAGCGACAGCAGCAGUACGCCAUCUUCGGGGCAGAAAUUUAUGCCCUGGUUCGAGAGCAAUAAGGAUCAGCUGAAAGAGGAAAACCCUAAUGCAACCGAUUCGGACCUCAUAAAAAUCGGUAUGCGACAGUUCAAGACGUUGAACAGCUACACGACCCCGAGGAGCGUCAGUGAGAAGCGAAAACUGGACGAAGAGGAAAAGGGUGGAUCUGGGAUGUCCAAGUUGGCUCGGUUCGGAUUCGUGAAGAACUGAUUUUUUUCGCUAAUUUAGUAUACUGAAAAAUUAGAUGGUAAUACAU